AUGGGGAGGCGGCGGCGGCGGCUGGUGGGCCCUGCGGCCAAGGGCGGGUCAGGGACCCUGCCCGAGGUCAUCGCCGCGCUCAGUCGGUCGCUGCCUGCUGGGCCGAGCCCUGAGAUCUUCCGCCGUGCCAAGUUCGAUCGUCCAGAGGCGGCCCCCGCCCUGUGGCGGCUCCUUUUCCGUGUGCUCUCGCCGCUUUCCACAGACGCCUCUUCGGCCUCGCUGGCCCUGGAGACCCAGGCCUGCUGGGUGAAGUCAGCGCUGUGCUCCCAGGGAUAUCCGAGGCUGGCGUUGGCACAACUCCCUGAGGACGGCUCCCGGGGCAGUCGGGAACUGCUGCUGGCCCUGUCCUGGCUCCUGGCCCGAGGUCCUCUGCCCGAGAAGCUGCUGGCCCAGGCCCACGUGCAAGUGGGUGACGAGAUGCCUGUGUGUGAGUGUGAGGCUCUGGCCAGCCCUGGUCCAGGGGCACCUCAUGUACAAGCAGAGGAUCCUGUGGACAUCCGCUGUGUGCAGUGGCUGAUGGGAAGACUACGGUUCCGGUGGCGAUGCCUGGCUGCCAGUCAGCAGGAACAGUGCACCCUCCUGAGCAAGAUCCACUUGUACACCCGUGGUUGCCAUAGUGACCGAAGCCUUGGCCAUCUGUCUGUUGCUGAAAUAGAGAUGCUCAGGGACCCAGAGGUUGGCCAGCAGUUGCUGUGGAGACUGCAGCAUGAGAACACAGGACUGGAGGCUGCUCUGGAGUGGCGGCGCGGUGAGCUGGUCUUCUGGAGGUGGAUGGAUACGGUUCUAACAGCCUGUCCCCUGGAGGCCCCAGCUGCAGCCGCACAGCCCACCUUUCUGCCCAGGAUCCCUGAGUAUGGGGUUGGCAAGUUGGAGCCCAUAGCGCAGGAGCUGCGGGCGCUGCAAGAGGAGCUGUGCGAGGCUGCAGAGCACAGGCGAGUGGCCUGGGAGGCCAAGGUGAGCUGCCUAGGGCACGGGCCUCGGUGGAGUGCUGCACGGCAGGCCCUGCAGACAGCCGUGGGGCAGGAGCUAGCAGCCCUGCAGUGGGCCUGGGAGCGAGACAGGGGCCCAGCUGAGCCUCAUGGGCCCCAUCGACUGGUGAGAUGUGAGGAGGAUGCACCUAGGGGCCAGCACGUGCGGGCAGCUGAGGUGAUCCAGGCACUGAGGAGUCAGGAGGCCUGCCUGGAGGCAGCGCUGUGUCGAUUGCAGGGACAGUGUCGGCAGGAGCUGGCCAAGCUGGUGGGAAGUUUGCCUGGCCUCAUCUGGAUUCCGCCAUCUGGACACUAAGUUCUGCUGGGCACACUCUCCCUGUCAGCUGGUUUUGGAGGAGCAGAUUCUAAGGCCAAGUGGCCCCAAGGACAGGGCAAACUUGGAGCCCAGCCCAUGAGCUUACCCCAAGGCUGGGGCUCUUCUGACUUUGUCCAAAGCCCAGGCCCUAGGAAGCAGUACUGGGGCAGGCUGGGCUGUCCCCUGACGAGGUCAUUACAGAUCUGGAGGUGCUCAGACCUGCCCUUCCUGUACUGCCUUUUCAGGUUUUGCUAUGUUGGGAAGAGGCCUGGGUGGGUGGUGAGGGCUAGACAGGGUGUGUUUCAGGGGACUCUGGGGGCCUUAGGCCCUGGG